AUGAGGACUGGUGCAAUGUCAGCCGUCAAAUGUGAUCGUCAAGAUCCUUGUUUGAACUGCACGGAAGCUCACGCCGUGUGUUCUCGCACCCGUCAAGCCAGAAUCCACAGGCCUCGAGUUUCUCGGUAUCUGACCGGGAUUAGUCUCGAUGCAUUGGCCGAGAGAUUGGCAAAACUGGAAAACUCCACUGAAGAGAAUUUUGUUUUUUCUUCAGCUUCACCAGCUACUGCAAUCAGUGAGCCCCGAAAUUUACCUCCGUCGCCCCAGGUAAAGUCCACAGACUUCGACCGUGUUUUCAAGAAAAGAAAGCAGCAGCCAUUUGGAACACGCUCUGCUAGCGAAUCGAGUCGAAAUAACUCUGACGGAAAACGGAAAAUCCCUCAAAUCUCCCAGAGCAUCGAAUCGGUCACUCAUAGAGAGUACCCUUCUCUAGGCGAGACACACGAUGCCAGUGAAGCACGCGAGUACAUCGAGCAUGAGCUUCAAUGGAACCCAGCCCUUUCACAUGAUAGGCGUACUGCCCUAGAGGUCGCGCUUAAAUUCGUUAGCCAGCUAUCAAAUCCAGGGCUUUAUCAACAGCAGAAUAGUACAGUGGAGCAGUACGUCGAAGUCGAAGAUCGCUUGGAACAUCCCAUUCUCACUCCAGAGUUGUUGUAUACGAUGCUACCAGGGCCCGAUAAAAAAACCAACUCCCAAGGCAUAAUUCUCUGGCCAGACCACAUAUCUAAUAAAUGCCUAGAACGAAUGGGGCUCGCUAUUAUCGAAGCCAGUGAGAAUGAGCAAUUACUCCAUUUGUAUCGGAUUAUCGUGGCCAUGAAAGCUAUUCAAUGCAUCUCGAAGCUGUUACCCCUGGUAUCGAGUGAGCGCUUGAAGAUUCAUUUUCGAACACUGAAGAAACAGUAUGAAAUGGCUGCGCUUGAGGACUUGAACUCGAUUCCCCUCAUGACUCCCCCUAGUCUUGUUCUACUGCAAGCCCUCUUAUCGGGUAAAGCCUUGUUCCAGAUCUUGGGCGAUAUGGAGCGCUGUUGGAUGGUCACUGCAUCUGCCUGUAGAGUCCUCGUUGCACUCAACUACCACAACAUCAUUAGUACUGUGCCCCAGAAUGAUGUAGAAGAUGAUAUUCACGCUUGUAUAUAUACAUGCUACCAUUACGAUAAGACACUGAGCUUACUUCUGCUUCGACCACCUUGUCUGCCGGAGCUGAGGGUUAACCCUACGCAGCUGGUACAUUUGGAUCCCGAGCUACCCACUACGGAAGUAAUGAUUGAAAUAGUGCAACUCGCCGAACUUAAGAGCAUCUUCGUUAACACGAUUCUCGAUACGAAGAAUAUGGGCGCUAUGGAAAAGGCCGGUAUCUUGUCUGAUAUCGUUUUACGAGCGAAGAGCAUCUACUCAAAUGCUCAAAUUUAUCGGAGCCGUCAAGAGCAUGAUUUUCCUGAAUUAUGGACGCGUUUACGGCGGAAUUGGCUUUCGAUAGAUUUCAACUACUACUCUGCGCUGACCACAUUCAUCCAAGCCCGCUCCUCGGCUCUGAAAUCUCGACUGGUCUGCGAAGAUUGUCUCUUCGCAGCCCGAAAGACACUGACUACACUUCAAGAUUUGUUGGGGGCAGUUGACGAUACGGAUUCAGUGGACUCAUAUCCUUAUUUUCUCACAUGGACUAUGCUUCUCUUCCCUCUGACACCUUUCUAUGUGUUAUUUUGCAACGUCGUCGCAACGUCCAACCUCCGAGAUUUUGAAAUGAUCAAAAAGAUCACAGAUGACUUGCGCCAGUUCACCAAAGCGAAUGCCUCCAUUGGUAAACUUUACAGACUAUUUUCCAAGUUUCUAGACCUCAGUGCUCCAUUGAUUAAAACGAAUCCCGGUGGUUCGUUUGAACAACCCUCUGAUGCCACUGAUCGGCAAGGACACUCGGAAUUUCUUGGUCCUGGUGCGGACGCAAUACUGAUCUCACCACCAAGUCCAGCCCCUAAUCAGAUGCCACAAUCAGUAGAGGGGUGGAAUGACAGUCUGAUGUGGGAGCUGUUUGAUAAUCAGCCAUCCCUAGGAUGGACAGAGUCGGAGUUAUGGGAUGCAAUGACACAGCUAUAG